GAAGAAAAUAAGGAGCUCCCAAUUGUGCUGAAUACAAUCAUCGCGGGCAGGUACUAUAUAACGGAGUAUCUUGGUUCAGCUGCCUUCAGUAGGGUUGUCCAGGCUCACGAUCUUCAUACGGGAAUAGAUGUUUGCUUGAAGAUUAUUAAAAAUGACAAAGACUUCUUUGAUCAAAGCUUAGAUGAAAUCAAGCUUCUGAAACUUGUGAAUAAGCAUGAUCCAGCAGAUCAACGCCACAUAUUGCGUCUUUACGAUUAUUUCUACCAUCAGGAACAUUUGUUCAUUGUAACCGAGCUUCUCCGAGCAAACUUAUAUGAAUUUCAAAAAUUCAACCAAGAAUCUGGAGGAGAAGCAUAUUUUACAUUGAAUAGGCUACAGCUCAUUACUCGUCAGGUUUUGGAGGCGUUGCACUACUUGCAUAACUUGGGAAUCAUUCACUGUGACCUGAAGCCAGAAAAUGUUCUAAUAAAAAGUUACAAAAGAUGUGAGAUAAAGGUUAUUGAUCUUGGAAGCAGUUGCUUUCAAUCCGACAAUCUAUGCCUAUAUGUACAAUCCCGAUCCUAUAGAGCUCCUGAAGUUAUGUUAGGCCUUCAAUAUGACGAAAAAAUCGACAUAUGGUCUCUCGGAUGCAUCUUGGCUGAGCUAUGCUCUGGUGCUCUUUCCAAACGAUGGAGUUGUGAUGAUUCUAGCGCGUAUGAUUGGAAUGCUUGGUCCUAUUGAUCUAGAGCUGUUGGUUAAAGGGCAAGAUACACACAAGUACUUCACCAAAGAAUAUGAUAUUUAUUAUGUAAAUGAGGAGACUGAUCAAUUGGAGUACAUAAUUCCAGAGGAAUCAUCAUUGGAGCAGCACCUACAAGUUUCUGAUACAAUGUUUAUAGACUUUGUAAGAUACUUGCUUAGCAUCAACCCUAAAAGAAGACCUACUGCUAGACAAGCACUAAAGCAUCCGUGGCUUUCCCAUGUUUACAAGUCCAAAUAGUACGAGUUAUUUUUAUCUUCUAUUUUUUUUUUUCUCCCUGCAUAUAGGAAAGCUUGCAAUCACAUUUUUGGUUUGUUUGUAAGCAACAAGAAGAAAAUUCACUUUCUCAAGAUGUAUAUGUUUUGUUUUUGUUCCUUGUUGUAACAGUUUGUUCUUGUACAGAACUUGUGUCCAUUGUUUUUUGCCUUCCAUGGAUGGGGAGGUUUGAGAAUUUUACUAAAAUAACAUUUUUGUUUUACCUUUA